AUAUUUUCUCUCAGACCAAACACAAAUCUGAACUUCAACAAACAAACAACAACCCUAAGCUUAUUCUAGAAGCUUUCAGUUCGAGAUCAGAGUGAGGGUUUGGAAGAAGGGCAAGCUGAGAUAAGAGAGGCAUUGCCAAGAAAACAAAAAAAAAUCCGUAAAUGGGAUCUGGGGCUGGAAGUUUCCUCAAGGUCAUUCUGAAGAACUUCGACGUUCUUGCUGGGCCUGUGGUUAGUCUUGUUUAUCCUCUUUAUGCCUCAAUCAGGGCCAUUGAGACCAAGUCUCAUAUUGAUGAUCAGCAAUGGCUUACUUAUUGGGUUCUUUAUUCAAUGAUUACCCUCGUUGAGCUCACAUUUGCCAAAGUCAUUGAGUGGAUUCCAAUAUGGUCAUAUGCUAAGCUAAUUCUCACCUGCUGGCUGGUUAUCCCAUACUUCAGCGGUGCUGCAUAUGUUUAUGAACAUUUUGUCAGACCUUUCUUUGUAAACCCACAGCACACAAUUAACAUUUGGUAUGUUCCGAGGAAGAAGGAUGUCUUCAAAACACCAGAUGAUAUUUUAACUGCUGCAGAGAAGUACAUUGAGGAGCAUGGGACAGAAGCAUUUGAGAAUAUAAUUCACAGGGCUGAUAAGUCCCAUAGGAGUAGUGGAUUCCCAAUCUUCGACGAGGAUCACAGAUACUGAGUCCAUGUUGCUGUCACUUUGUAUUAUGGCCACCUAGUUCCUUGUGAAGAAAGUUGUAAGAAAUAGCUCUAAGUACUCCACUACUCCUGUAUCUAAUGUUUAAUAUGUUUGAUAUUUUCCUACUUGCUUUUUGGAUUUCUGAGGAAUGCUUGAUAUUCCUAGGUACUAUUUGAAUGUAAGUAUAAUGUUCUGCCUCCACAAUUUUCUUUUAUAUUCUGACAACUUAAUUAUCAUGAUCAGCAAUGACAAAUUAUAUCGUGAUGUCUUGUUGGAGAGACUAA